UUGUAAUAAUGUUUAUACUUGUUACCAUUAUAUUUUGUAGAUGUAUUUACUUGGUAAAACCUACUUGUUUAGGAACUGUUGGUGGAUCUGUAUGCUGUGCUGGAUAUACUUUGAAUAUUUCCACUGGAAAAUGUGAAAAAUGUCCUCUUGGGUUUUAUGGAGAAAAAUGUACACAGAAAUGUCCGGUUCCUAGUUAUGGAGAAGACUGCCAAUACGUAUGUUCUUGUGAUUUUCACCUGUGUGAUUUUGUUAUAGGAUGCAUCUCUAUAACUGCCUCUUCGAUUUCAACGGAGAUUUCAACUGCAAGAGUUCAUACGUAUAAGUUAAUAACAAACUUGACAAGUGGAAAAAGUUCUGCAUCAUUACACACUUCAAUUUCUCAAAAUGAAAAGAAAGAAACUUUCUCAACAACAUAUGUUUUGUCAUCCCCUGCGGAAACAAUUUUAAAGAACCUGUCUACGAAUGAAGCCAAAAUUCCAAUCUUGGGAAAUGGUUUCAUAGUGUAUAUAAUUGUGGGUCUCGUGGGUCUUUUCGUAUUGUUCUUUGGAAUAUUUGCAAUAACAUAUUUUUAUCAGAAAUGUUUCCGAAGAUCUUCAACAAACUUACAAAGCCAUGGCAUUAUAAAUGACCAUGUCCAUUACAAAGGUCUUCAUUUUGGAAUCGAAGAGCAAGAGUUGAUGAUCCAUCAAGACCACCGAAGAGGGUUCCACAGCGACCCGACAUACUUAUCCCCCGUUUUUAAUGGUAACACUCAGUACCAGGAAGGAGAAUCGCAAAAUGUUCAAAGCAAUAGAGCCAUAUUAGAAAACAACCAAGUUUUUGAAUUAGUACAGGGAAACGCACAGAUUAAUGAGAGCCAUAACGAAGAAAUUCGCUUGGAACAGGAAAAAAAUAAAAGUGAUCAUGUAUAUGUAGAUAUAAUUGAUGAAAACAUUGAUGAAGAUUGUGAGAGAAGAGUUCUUAAGGAGAGAGAUUCACAUUAUGUGAACACAGACAAGUAAAUUUACAUUAAGUGUACCAAAAAAGAACGUUAACCUUAUUCAAAUGUACAUUCAUAAAUUAAAAAAAAAAUUCCUUGUUUUUUCAUGUAUAUCCUA